CCCUGGGACUGCAAGUUUGCUCUGCAAAUCGAUGCCACGAGGCAGAUAUGAGAAAGAUUCCUGAACACAGUGGUUGCUAUAGGCCUGUGAACAUACAGGGAAACAAGAUCAGGUACCGAGGCACUUGCAAGGAAAGCCCUGAAAUGGGGGUGAAAAGAUUGCAGAAGCGAUUUCUCCACAAGGAUGGCAGCUGCAACGUGUACUUCAAGCACAUCUUUGGAGAAUGGGAGAGCUACGUAGUGGACAUAUUUACCACGCUGGUGGACAUCAAAUGGCGCCACAUGUUUGUCAUAUUCUCCUUGUCCUAUGUUCUUUCAUGGCUGUUCUUUGGCCUAGUCUUCUGGCUGAUAGCAAUCCAUCAUGGAGAUUUAUUCAAUGAUGAGGAAAUCACCCCCUGUGUUGCAAAUGUCCACAGCUUCACAGGAGCAUUCCUCUUCUCCCUUGAAACCCAGACGACCAUCGGUUACGGUUACCGCUGCGUGACGGAAGAGUGCUCCAUCGCGAUCCUCAUGGUUAUCCUCCAGUCAGUAUUGAGCUGCAUUAUUGACACCUUCAUCAUUGGAGCAGCCUUGGCUAAGAUGGCCACAGCUCGGAAAAGAGCUCAGACCAUUCGCUUCAGCUACUACGCCGUCGUCGGCCUGAGGGACAACAAAUUCUGCCUGAUGUGGCGCAUUGGGGAUUUCCGGCCAAAUCACAUGGUGGAGGGCUCGGUGCGAGCCCAGCUGCUGCGCUACAAGGAAGACAAGGAAGGGAGAAUGACAAUGGAAUACAAAGACCUGAAGUUGCUUAAUGACCAGAUCAUACUUGUUACACCGGUGACGGUUGUACAUGAAAUUGACAGCGAGAGCCCCUUGUAUGGUCUAGACAGGAAAGCUCUGGCCAAGGACAACUUUGAAAUCUUGGUCACCUUUGUCUACACAGGUGACUCAACAGGAACCUCACAUCAGUCAAGAAGCUCCUAUGUCCCCAGAGAGAUUCUUUGGGGCCACAGGUUCAACGAUGUCUUACACAUAAAGAAAAAAUACUACAAGGUGGAUUGCUUACAGUUUGAGGAAACCACAGAAGUUUAUGCUCCUCACUGCAGUGCCAUGCAGCUGGAGCGCAAGGAAUGGGAGUGGAACCAGACUGAGAAGACACAGAAAAAAGAAGCAGAGACAUCAGCACUGGAGAUGAAGUCAUUUAGUACUAACAAAAAAUCACUUAAUGCAGUUGCCCUCGUCACCAGCUGUGAAGAUCCAGAAGACCCAGUGCCAGCUGUCAAUCAGCCUUCUGGAGAAGAUUCUUAUAAGAAAGCAGCUGUGACCUUAAGUAGGCUAUCAAUAGAGUCCCAAAUCUAGCUUUUCACUGCAAUUCCCAUCACUUCCAACAAAUUCUGCCAUCACAGCUUUUAGAAUACAAACAAGGAACUUGUAGGCACAAGUAUUUGUGUUAUAAACCUUGCUGUCAAGCAAGCCCACAGUGUAAUGCCUUGUUGAGCUGCAUGAAGGAGAUUCACACUAGUUAGCCUGGAUAUCAGUAACAGAUUAGCACUGGCACAAGAAAACAUCUUACAUUUAGGUUGACAAGACAGCUCCUGUAUAUGAGAAAAAUUGUUGUAAGCUUUAUUACCCUGCAGGGACCAAUGUUGGACAUGCCUGGAGACAGAUAAUGAUCUAGGCAAGGAACACAAACAAUGUAGUGUGCACUCUAGGUCAGAUUUUUCAAAGCUGCCUAAUUUCUUUGGGAUGCCAGUGCCCAGUGUUUCCAGGAGGCUCUGAAGCUCCCCCACCAUCACAACAAGCAAUUACUCUUUCAUUGCACCUCUCUAGCAGUUCAAAUGAAGCCCUCAUCCUGUGGUUACACAGCAGCCUGAGGUAUGCAGUAUGUUACCUGGCUUGGGACUGCAUGACAAUGUCGGUACGUGGCUCUGAGGGCUCUGAGGACUGACCAGACUGGCUCAUUUGCACUCUUCCAAAAUCAAAGCAGGACCUGAAGCUUGAAAUCAAAAUCAACAACAUCAGGCUGAGCCUCAGAGAGAAGACCAUGUUUUCAGAGUGAGCUGUGCAAUAUUUGAAAUCAAAAUGUCUUUCAUUUCAGAAUGUCAGCCUCCCUUUUCUUUCUAGUCUAUUAUGCUUCUGUAAGAAGACAAAGAUCAAUCUGGAGACCAAACAGUCUGACUUUGUCAAAAUGAAAUCCUUUCAUUCAUCUGCAAUGACUAUGUCAAAAUGAUCCUUUGCAGAGAAAUUUGACACACUCAGCUGUCAGCUCCAUUUGGAGAAAAGGAAAAUGUUAAUGUUUUGAAGUUGUCUGUGACAUGAAACUUCCAUGCUGUGCACACCCCUGUAGUCGUUCAA